AUGAAGGUUGCUGGCAUCCUCCCUCUUACGGCCUUGGCCGCUGCGUUCGUGCUCCCUGAACCUGAGGUGUUCAGCCAGGUCGCCAUCGAAGACCAUCGAGCUGAUGAUGCUUCAUGGUGGGACAAAAUCCCAACCAAGGACUCUAUUGUUUCAACUCUCGAGGAUGGCAUCGAUUCCUUGUCUGCAGGGGUCGAGACCUUUGUUGAAUCCAUUGACCGGAAGUUCCGAGAUGGUUUCGAGCAGGCUUUCGUCAAUGAGGAGGACGAGGAUGAUGACACCAUUGAUAUUGAGAUUGCAGACCGGCCCAAGCAUGGCCACCACCACCAUAGCUUCAACUUAACCAUAUAUGAGAUCAUCUCCAAGAGCAACCAUACAAAGAAGUUUGUGGAGCUCGUCAAUGAAUACGACGACAUUGUCGACCUUCUCAACAGCACGACGGCUAACUACACGUUAUUUGUGCCUGUUGACUCGGCAUUUGAGCACAUCCCCGAUGACAAAAAGCCAAGCAAGGAAUUUGUGGAGAGUGUGCUCAAAUAUCACAUUGGUCUAGGACUAUACCCUGCUGGCCGCAUCUUGAAGACACACACCUUACCGACGGCCUUGAAUGAGAGCUGGCUCGGUGACAAGCCCCAGCGCCUCCGAACGAGCGUUGGCUUGCUGUCGGGGAUUCGCGUAAACUUUUACAGCAAGGUUGUCGUUGCAAAUGUGGGGGCUAAGAACGGUGUCAUUCAUGCAGUGAAGAGCAUCCUCGUCCCACCUCCACCGGUUGGUCGUGAGCUCAGUCUGCUGCCAAGCGAGUUCUCAACGCUUCUCCUGGCGUACGAGAAGACGGAUUUCGUCAAGUUUAUCCACGGCGUCAAAAUCACUGGCAGCACCGUGUUUGCACCAAGCAAUGAUGCUUUUAGCAAGCUGGGGCCACGUGCCAAUGCCUUCCUUUUCAACACCGAGAAGGGCCUAAAAUUCUUGACCGCUCUUCUUAAGUAUCAGAUUGUUGCCAAUACGACACUGUACAGCGAUGCAAUCUACGAGUCGGAGGGAGAAGCGGAGGUGGAUACCUCUAAGCAUUAUCACAUCGACCUCCCUUCGCUGUUGGGCGGCAAGAACAUCGCAGUUGACGUGACGAAGUGGGGAGGAUUCACGAAGAUCAAGCUCAAUGGCUGGGUGCCGGUUGUCCUGCAGGACGGCAUUGCGAAGAACGGUGUCAUCCAAGUGGUUGGACGUGUGCCGAUCCCGCCGCACAAGCACCACAAGGAAGAGGAGAAUGAUGGGGAAAUCGAGGUUGAGGAUCUGAUUGAGAGACUAGCAGACUACGUUGAUGAGGAGGAGGACUCAAAGCCGGAGCUGGGUGACCUCUGA